UCCUAAUCCAGUGGAUCCAAAAAGCUACAUGGUUAUGCUGUGCUAUAAGAAUGGGUCUCUGGCCCGUGAAGAUAUACGUAACCAGUGCGCGGAUAAAUCUUGGGAGGUUUUCAAUAAAUUUUUGCAGCAAACCCAACCUCUAAAUGGUGGAAAAUUAGGCUUUUAUUACAAAGACCAUGAAAUUCUUCCUCCUCUUCCGGUCGGGUUCCAUCGUUAUGUUCUUGAGAAUUUCAAUGGAGAGUCUUUAGAUGGAGUAAGUGAAUGCGAAGUCAAGGAAUUUGACCCUCCUUCUGAGGUUCGGGCAUUAGUUGAGGGCCAGUUGCUUUCUAUGCGAGCUCAUGCUGAAAGAUUUGGCAUGCCUUCACCUCCAAAGCGGAUCAUUGCUACUGGUGGAGCAUCAGCAAACAACUACAUUCUGAGCUUCGUAGCUUCAAUUUUUGGGUGCAAUGUUUAUACAGUCCAAAGGCCAGACUCGGCUUCAAUGGGGGCUGCACUAAGGGCAGCUCAUGGUUGGUUGUGCAACAAGAAGGGCAAUUUUGUACCGAUAUCGAGCAUGUACAUGGACAAUUUGGAAAAGACAUCUCUCAAUUGCAAACUUGCUGCAACUGCUGCAGACCCAGAGCUUGUGUCGAAGUAUGCUCUAUUGAUGAAGAAAAGAGUCGAAAUUGAGAACAGCCUUGUCCAAAAGCAUGGACGGUUGUGAGAUUGAAAUAGGGGUUGCAACAGUUCACAAGCAAAUGGAUAAAUAAUUGCUUAUAAUGCAUUUUGGUUAAUGGAGAGUGUAUACUAUGUUACAUGAGGAUUUUGUCCAUUUUGUAUUUAUAUCUUUGAAAUUUGAUAAAUAUCUCUUUCAUUUCUGAGUAGUGUGCUGUAAAUAAUGAGAAUGGCGUGGUAUCAUUGCCAAGAUUACUGUUGUUUCAAUUAGAAUCUUCACUCGCACUACUA